AUGAAGGGCCAUACCAUCGACGAGUGUCGCUCGUUGAAAGACAAGAUUCAGAACCUGAUUGACAACAAUAUCAUUAUAGCAAAGGAGCCCGCUCUUAAUGUCCGCAACAACCCUCUUCCUGACCACGAGGGUAGAGGCAUCCACAUGAUUGAGAUCGAAGAUGAUUGGGACCCCAAAGGGUCAAUCAGGUUGAUAGCUAAAGGAGACGAGCCUAAGAAGCUAAUAGUUACUCUCAGUCCCAUUGUUGUCCAAAUUCAUCCCUCUGAGGGCAAUAUGGUAAAUGUGUCCGUACCACUCGAGUUUGAAGCACCACCUUCAAAGGCGCCAAAACCAAUUGAGGUUGAGUUCGAAGUUCCAAGGGCGCCUACGCCGUUUGAAGUUACUGUGUUACCUCCUAAGGCACCAAUUCCAGUCUCAAUGACAGACGUAACCCCAUUCAAGACAAAUGCUAUACCUUGGGAUUACACCGGUGAGGCUAGAAGGAAGGGAAACACAUAUACUGGGGAAGCGAUUGCCGCACAGGGCAUGACCAGGACAGGUAGGGUAUACACCACGGAACACUUGGCUGAGUCCAGCAAGCAGGCCUCCGGGCGGGCUGUUGAAACUAGACCCGAUGACCUUUGGACGAAGGUACAGGCCAAAGAGUACUCGGUCGUCGAGCAACUGAACAAAAUGCCAGCACAGAUUUCUAUUCUGGCUGUUCUACAAAGCUCAGAGACACAUAAAAAUGCCUUAAUAAAAGUAUUGAGUGAAGCUUAUGUUCCCAGCAACAUAACAGGAGGCGAAAUAGCAAACAUGGUGGGGCAGAUACUGGAAAGCCAUAAGAUCACCUUCCAUGAAGAUGAAUUACCGCCAGAAGGGCUUGGUCACAACAAAGUGUUGCACAUCACUGCGCAAUGCGAGGAUCACUUUGUCACCAGGAUUCUAGUCGACGGGGGAUCCAGCCUCAAUAUUUGUCCGUUGGUAACUCUCAGGACAUUGGGUAAGGGAUUGCAUGAGAUCAAAGACAGGGCUAUCAAUGUCAAAGCUUUUGAUGGAUCUCAGAGGUCCACCAUUGGAGAAAUUAGCUUAUGCCUACAGAUGAGACCCACCUGGUUCGAUGUCGAGUUCCAAGUCAUUGACGUACCAGCGUCCUACCAUUUGUUGCUAGGACGACCCUGGAUCCACGCCGCUAGGGCUGUGGCGUCAACUUUGCAUCAGGCU